UGAGGCCAAAAAGGUCACGCUUACAAAAAUGUCUACAGAUUUUCCUAAUACUGAACUAGAAGUCAACGUAUUGGAAUGGCUUCGCCAAUCUCCAACGAGGACGCCUCUGCUUUCCGAACAACUGUCGACUCCGCUACCGGAACAACCGACUCCGACGCCGACUACGACUACGAUCCUCGACGGCAACCCGGAUCUCAAUCAGAAGAUCGAACGUGUGCUUCGAAAUUUAUGCGGAGGGCGACAUGGGCCUUUGCUACUUCAAUUUUGGACAAUCACAAAAAUGGGCAGCCGGUUUUCUCUUAAAACUCAAAUUUCACAUUCUUUUCCUGUAACACCUAAUGAUGCACUUACACGGUAUUGGGUGACGUCUCACGGUAAUGAAAUUAGCUUGCCUGCUCUUUCCCGUGUGUCCAUGUCCGACUUUGGUUGGUGUGGCUCUCCUUUAGCAACUUUGUUUUUGACAGCGUAUUUGCCUUAUAAGGAGAUUUGUGUUGGUAUGCUUCAAAUAGUAUCCUACACCAAAGAGACAUGUCUACAAUUUUUCAGGAAAGCUUGUGUUCGUGACCGCUUUCAGGUUUGUUCCCAACCCAUAUAUCUUAGACAUGCUCAACAUUAAUUCAUGUGAAAUAUAUAGUUUUCAGUUGAAUUUUCUCUCAACUUUAGUAUUU